AUUUCGAUUUGACUGCUCGCAUCUCGCGCUAUCUCUUGUACGUAUAUAAUGUUGUUGCUCUCUGGUGCGCGAGUUGAUAACUAUACCUGCCUAUCAGUUAUACCUAUAUAUACAUUUAGCGGCUAAAACUUGCCGUUACCUGUUAUACUGUAUACACACACGCGCGUUUUAACCUUAAAAACCUGCAGUGUUGUGUUGUCUCUCCGUAAUACUACCGAGAACGGCGGCAUAUUACAGCCGCAGGAAAGCUUUCAAUUCACGCAUAUACAUAUACACAAACACACGCGUUUGUUGUGCGAUAUAUAGUCUGCUCGCGGACUCCGGAUUCGAUUUCAACGACACACAAACAAUCGCUCCGGGUUAUUUUCUGGAAAUUGACCCGGGUUUGCUCUCUUACAUAGAAUCAUAGUGUUGUUAAGUUUAGGUGCCCAGCAUCAGUGAUAAGUCUUUAUCAGCAGAAGCAACGGAAAAGCCGAACGCUUCAUCAACGUUGAUAAACGCAAGUGAUAUCCUCUUGAAAAAAGUUGUCCUUGUUCGACGAUAAGAUCGGAAAAGAUGAGCACGAACGAGUCGGCGAACACCGCUGCCACGGCAUCCGAGGCCAAAGACUCGUCUUCGGGGUCCACUAAUGCAACGACAGCCGCUACCUCGAAGGACAACAACGGUCCAGCCGGCACAUCGGGAACUGGCGCGGCGUCGACGACGACGGCGGCCACGACCACGACGACGGCCAACAAUCCGUCAGCCGUGCCUCUGACCACACAGGAGCGCGAGCUCGCCCGCACGACCGAGGAGGAGUACGCCGCGGGCAAUUACGCCGCCGCGGCGGCGGCUCUCGCCCAGCUGGAGCAGCUCAGGCCGCAGGACCUCAAGGUCACGCACAACAAGAUACUGGCCGACUAUCAGUGCAGCACGGAGCCGCGCAAGCACGACAUCCUGAAGAAGAGCCUCAACGCCAUUUGCCCGCUGCCGGCCAGCUGCCAGCAGGCGACGCACGGCCCCAACACGGCGCCCUCGGGCUUCGACGGCGACGAGAUCGAGCGCGCCGUGAUCAGGUACAAUCAGGCUGUCAUACUGUAUCACUUCAAGCAGUAUCAGGCUGCCCUGCAGAUCGUCGCCGGCCUCUUUGCCCUCAACGAGCCCAUGGAGGAGAGUUUUGUGCACAAAAUUUGUGUGUUAUUGGUUGAACUUCAUUUGGCUCUGGGUAGACCAGACUCUGCUCUUGCACUUGUCAAUUAUAUAGAAAAUCAGUUUAUUUGUACACCUGAUGCUUCCAAGUCAGCUUUAGGGGAGCAAGGUCCAAACCAGAAGCAAGAUGUAUCCGGUAAAGCUGCUCCAAAAACCAUUGCCUCCGUAGUUGCCUCUAACAACAGUGUAGAUAAAGAGAAAGAAACAAAAGAAGCAAAGAAAGAUUGUAUGGACGUAGCCACGGAUGUUUUCAAAAUGAAACUUUUGAAAUACAAACUAAGAAUUUAUUACCAAACUCUGCAAGUGAACCUUUGUAAGAAGGAAUGGAAAACUUUGGUAAAGUUGGGCAUGCCAAUUAACCCUUGUACAAUAUUUCUAAAAGCUAACAUGGAAUAUUUGCGAAAGAAUUACAAAAAAGCAAUGAAACUUCUGGACUCUCUUAAAAUUAAUCAAGUUAUACCAGAAUUCAAGGCUUGUGGAGAAUCGAUUCCAGUUCUAUAUUAUAACAACAUGGCUAGUAUUCACUUUGCAAUGGGAAAAACCAAUCUAGCUUGCUUUUAUUUAAAUGCUGCUAUCAAAGAAAAUUCAAAAGCAAUGGAAAGUGUUGAAAAUUCAAAUAAUUCUACUAAUACACCAAAUAAAUUAUAUACCAUUCAAAAAUCAAAGCAUUGUGAACUGAUGUAUGGAAUGGGAAUCAGUUUGUUGCAUACAGAACAACCAACAAAAGCUUUUGACUGUUUCAUUGAAGCUUCUCAACAAUUUCACAAUAGUCCAAGGCUUUGGCUACGCAUGGCAGAGUGCUGUAUUAUGUGUCAUAAACCUACAAACAAGGCUGAUUUUGAUAUUCCUGGGAGACGCAAAGAUAUUUUACAAAAAAUUGUUGGAGAAAAUAACAAUGGAGUAAGCAAGAAAUUCAUCCUAGCUACUUCUUUAUCUAAAAGUUGUAAAUACCAUCCUGAAGGGCUCUCUUAUGCAAUACCUCAACCAACAUUAGAAUAUGGAAUGCUGUGUCUGAAAAAUGCAUUAUUUUUACUACCCAUCACUGAAAGAGAUGAAAUUACGUUACCUAGUACAAGUUCGUUAUGUGAAGAUGGAGUUAAAAAGUCUAUAAUGGGUCAACAACAAUCAACAAGUUUACUAGGAUCAUUUACAACAUCUAGUAACAGUAAAUUAGGUAACAACUCCAACAGCACGCCAUCAAAUCCAAAUCGAUCUGUAGCAUCUCAAUCAACAAUAGCAGAAAAUUUAAAUUUAAAAAUUAGUAUAUUAUCAGCUAGUGCCUAUACUGCCUUGUGCCUAGGUGAUUACGUUUCUUCCUUGAAUUAUGCCAAAUCACUUUUAAGCAUAAAAAAAUUACCAGGGGCCCAUGUUUUGUUGGGUAAUUUAUAUGCUGCUGAGUGUUUAAUUUUCCUAAAUAGAAUACAAGAAGCUUCAGAGUAUUUGAAACCAGAACUUCUACAAGAUGUUGAUACUUUUGUUCCUAUUGAAACAGAAGUUUCAAAUCCACCUAAAGAAGACUCCUUCAAGGAAGUUAAUGAUAAUAAAUCAAUCAAAGAUCGUUGGUACCCAACCAAUGUUCAGACCGCCAAAGCAAUACUUAGUUAUAACUUAGCUGUAGUAUAUGCAGUUAAAGGAGAGCUCGAAAAGUCGGGACAAAUUUUGAAACAGGUCUGGACUUCAAAGAGCCCAGAAUGUGAUGUACCUAUACACGUUAUAAUGCUAGCUUUGUAUAUAGAAUUACAAUUGGGCCACAUUGAAGUUGCUCGCUCGCUGAUUAAACAACAUUUUUGUUCAACAGUUACUCAACAGUAUCAGGCGUAAAAUAAAUUGUUACAACAUUUUUAUAUGAAUUUGUAAAAAUUAACUUUGUACAUAUCUAGAAUUAUAUCGUAGCGCUAAAAGUGCUUUACAAUGAAAUUAUGUAGGUUGAAAAUUGUUUUUUUAUUUAAAUAUAAAACAGUGUACAAAUACAUGGAACAAAUGUAACAAAAUCAACAACUCACAUUCUUAUUUAUCCCCAAAUAAAUGGAAUGUUUUUUAUACUCAA